AUGACUUGUGGGAAGAGCUUCAAGUUCCAGUGUGAUCUCAAAAUACACCAGCGCAUUCACACAGGAGAGAAACCAUAUAAGUGCUCAGAAUGUGGAAAAAGUUUUAUUCAACAGAUUAAUCUCAAAAGACACCAGCGCAUUCACACUGGAGAGAAACCAUAUCAGUGUUCACACUGUGGAAAAAGUUUUAUUCAACAGAUUAAUCUCAAAAUACACCAGCGCAUUCACACUGGAGAGAAACCGUAUCAGUGCUCACAGUGUGGAAAGAGUUUUAAUAGACAGAGUGAUCUCAAAACACACCAGCGCAUUCACACUGGAGAUAAACCGUAUCAGUGCUCACAGUGUGGGAAGAGUUUUAAUCAACAGAGUUCUCUCAAAAGACACCAGCGCAUUCACACUGGAGAGAAACCGUUUCAGUGCUCACAGUGUGGGAAGAGUUUUAAUGCAAAGAGUGAGCUUAAAAUACACUUGCGCAUUCAUAGUGGAGAGAAACCAUAUCAGUGCUCACAGUGUGGGAAGAGUUUUAAUACACAGAGUAAUCUCAAAAUACACCAGCGCAUUCACAUUGGAGAGAAACCGUAUCAGUGCUCACAAUGUGGAAAAAGUUUUAUUCAACAGAGUCAUCUAAAAAAACACCAGCACAUUCACACUGGAGAGAAACUGUAUCAGUGCUCACAGUGUGGAAAGAGUUUUAAUGGACAGAGUGAUCUCAAAACACACCAGCGCAUUCACACUGGAGAUAAACCGUAUCAGUGCUCACAGUGUGGGAAGAGUUUUAAUCAACAGAGUUCUCUCAAAAGACACCAGCGCAUUCACACUGGAGAGAAACCGUUUCAGUGCUCACAGUGUGGGAAGAGUUUUAAUGCAAAGAGUGAGCUUAAAAUACACUUGCGCAUUCAUAGUGGAGAGAAACCAUAUCAGUGCUCACAGUGUGGGAAGAGUUUUAAUACACAGAGUAAUCUCAAAAAACACCAGCGCAUUCACACUGGAGAGAAACCAUAUCAGUGCUCUCAAUGUGGAAAGAGUUUUAAUCAACAGAGUGCUUUCAGAAGACACCAGCACAUUCACACUGGAGAGAAACCGUGUGGAAUCUAA